GGGCCGAUAGGGGGCGCUGUGGGCCUGGCGGUCCCGACGCCGCGGACGCGCUGAGCGACAGAGGUCGGCGGAGAAACCGCGUGGAACCCGAGCUGAGGCUGAGGGCGGGGGCCGAGACGCGGCCCAUUGUCCCGCCCCCCGGCGCCUGCCAUUGUGCCGUGACGCCUGCGCCGCCCUCGCGCCCAGGCGGGAGAGGGGUGGCUCGCGCCGCCGCCAGGCCGCCAGCAUCGCCGCCAUGGACCUAGGACCUUUGAAUAUCUGUGAAGAAAUGACUAUUCUGCACGGGGGCUUCUUGCUGGCCGAGCAGCUCUUCCACCCCAAAGCUCUGGCAGAACUGACCAAGUCCGACUGGGAGCACGUCGGGCGGCCCAUCGUGGAGGCUCUGAGGGAGAUCUCCACGGCCACGGCGCGCUCCCAGCCCCUCGCCUGGAAGAAGAAAGCCCUGAUCAUCAUCUGGGCCAAGGUUCUUCAGCCCUACCCCGCCACCCCUUCCGACACCGAAGCUCGGUGGCAGGAGGACGUGUUCUUCUCCGUAGGCAACAUGAUCCCCGCCAUCAAUCACACGGUCCUCUUUGAGCUGCUCAAGUCCCUGGAAGCGUCCGGGCUCUUUAUCCAGCUCCUGCUGGCCCUGCCCACCGCCGUCUGCCGCGCCGAACUGGAGCGCUUUUUGGAGCACAUGGCUGUCGACACGUCUUCAAAGGACGUGGCCUUUUUCCUCGACGUCUGGUGGGAAAUGAUGAAGCACAAGGACGAUCCGCAGGACCCCCUGCUCUCCCAGUUCCGGACAGUGGCCCAUAAGUACCUGUCCUCUUCGGAUGAGUUCUCCCACCCUCCCAAGAGGUUUAAGUCGGACCCGGACGUGUGUCCUACCAUGCCCCUGCUGGCCAUGCUGCUCGCCGGGCUGAAGCAAAUCCGAAGUCGGAUCCUGUGUCCCGGGAUGAAGUGCUGCACGCUGGCCAACCUGGCCGACAUGCUGAGCGUGUUCGCGCUGGCGGAGGACGACCCCCAGGAAGUGUCGGCGACCGUGUAUCUAGACAAACUGGCCACGGUGAUCUCCGUGUGGAACUCGGACGCCCGGAACCCGUAUCACCAGCAGGCGCUGGUGGAGAAGGUCAAGGAGGCCGAGCGGGACAUCAGCCUCACCUCGCUGGCCAGGCUGCCCAGCGAGACGACGUUCGUGGGCUUCGAGUUCCUGCGCAGCCUGCUGCGGGACUGGGGGGAGGAGCUGCAGGCCAUGCUGGGCAGCAGCCAGGGCACCAGCUACGACAGCUACCGGCUGUGUGACAGCCUGACGUCCUUCAGCCAGAACCUGAAGCUCUUCCUGGCCACCAGCAGCCUGUCCAAGGAGGAGAGGCAGGUGGGCUCCGAGCUGGCGGAGUGCGUGGGGGCCUUCCUGAAGAGCACGAACCGGGUGCUGGGGAAGAAGGGCUUCGAGAAGGACAUCGCCGCCUCCAUCGCCAUGGCCAUCAUCGAGCAGAAGAUGGACCGGCACAUGGAAAUGUGCUACAUCUUCGCUUCCGAGAGGAAGUGGGCCUUCUCAGACGCGUGGCUGGCCUGCCUGGCGAACAACCGGGCUCUCUUCCGAGAGCCGGGCCUGGUUUUGAAGCUGCUGGAAACGGUGACGGACGUCAGCACGGCAGACGGGGCUGUCCCCGAGGCUCAGGUCAAGCAAGUGAUCGCCCUGACCCUGGAGUGCUACGCGCACCUCUCGCUGCCAGACAAGAACAAAGUCCUCUCGGGCGUCCUGCUUUCCUGGGGGCGCAAGGGCCUCUCGGAGAAGCUGCUGGCUCACCUGGAGGGCUUUCAGGAGGACCUCAACACGACUUUCAACCAGCUGGCGCAGAGCGCCUCUGAGCAGGGCCUGGCCAAGGCCGUGGCUGCCGUGGCCCGCCUGGUGAUUCUGCACCCGGAGGUCACGGUCAAGAAGCUGUGCGGCAUGGCCGUGGUCAACCUCGGCACCCACAGGUUCCUGGCCCAGAUCCUCACCGCCUUCCCCGCCCUCAGGUUCACGGAAGAGCAGGGUCCAGACCCCUCCACCACCUUCGUGGUGUCCUGCCUCAAGGAAACCGUCUGGACGAAGUUCUCCACGCCCAGGGAGGAGAAUCAGUUUCUGGAGCUCCUGAGCUGCCUGGUGAGUCCUGCGAAGCCGCAGGGGAUUCCAGUCGCGGCUCUCCUCGAGCCCGACGAGGUGCUGAAGGAGUUCGUGCUGCCUUUCCUGAUGCUGGAUGUCAGGGAGGUGGACCUGAGCCUGCGGAUCCUCAUCCAGACCCUCGAAGCGCACGCGUGCCUGGAGGACUACUGGCUGCAGACCUGCUCUCCGUUCCCGCUCAUCGUCAGCCUCUGCCAGCUCCUGGAUGGCUUCAGCAAGUACUGGCAGCUCCCCAGGGAGAAGCGGUGCCUCCCUCCGGACGGGAAGGACCUAGUGAUCCACAUCCUGGAGCUGCUCUGCGAGGUGGUCCUGGCCAACGCCGAGACCUUCUCCCCCGACACCUGGGUCAAGUCCCUGUCCUGGCUCCACCGGAAGCUGGAGCAGCUGGACUGGACGGUGGGCCUGCGACUGAAGGGCUUCUUUCAGGGCCACUUCAAGUGCGAGGUGCCAGCCACGCUCUUUGAGAUCUGUAAGCUCUCUGAGGACGAGUGGACCUCCCAGGCCCACCCCGGGUACGGGCCGGGCACGGGCCUCCUUGCCUGGAUGGAGAGCUGCUGCACCUCCAGCGGCAUCUCGGAGCGGAUGCUUGCCCUCUUGGUGGUCGACGUGGGCAACCCCGAGGAGGUCAGGCUGUUCAGCAAGGGCUUCCUGGUGGCCCUGGUGCAGGUCAUGCCCUGGUGCAGCCCCCAGGAGUGGCAGUGCCUCAACCAGCUGACCAGGAGACUGUUGGAGAAGCAGCUCCUGCACGUCCCCUACAGCCUGGAGUACAUUCAGUUCGUUCCGCUGCUCAACCUGAAGCCCUUUGCCCAGGAGCUCCAGCUCUCUGUACUCUUGCUGAGAGCUUUCCAGUUUCUCUGCAGCCAGAGUUGUCGGAACUGGCUUCCCCUGGAAGGCUGGAGCCACGUGGUCAGGCUCCUGUGUAACAGCCUGACCGGCCUUCUGGACUCAGUGAGGCUGAUCCAGUCCGUUGGCCCUUGGGCCCAAGGACAAGAGCAGGACCUGAGCCAGGAAGCCCUCUUUUUUUACACGCAGGUGUUCUGCCACGUCCUGCACAUCAUGGCCAUGCUCCACCAAGAGCUGUGCGAACCACUCUACGUUCUGGCCUUGGAGAUCCUCACCUGCUACGAGACCCUGAGCAAGACCAACCCUUCCGUUAGCUCCUUGCUCCAGAAAGUCAACGAGCAGCGCUUCUUAAAGUCCAUUGCCGAGAACAUCACCCCCGAGGAGCGGCGCCAAACCCUGCUGCAGAAGAUCAGCAGCUUCUGACCUCGGGGAUCAGAAAAUAGCUGGGCCUCACCCUGGCGGGGUCUGCAGGCCCCGAGCUGAGAAACGCAAACUUUCCAGGUACGUGACAUUGUACACAAGCCCAAAAAUGUGACAGUAGCAGUGCAAAGAAAAUAGUUUCUUAGGUAUUUGUAACGUACAAAUUAUAAUAAAAUGCUCUCUGGAGUUUCA